AUAUAUAUAUAUAUAUAAUUCGCAAUGGCCGAAUUCGAGGGAUCGGAAAUUACGAUCGACAAAGCAUCGGUUAUGGAUUUUUUGCUCGAAGAGAAACGAAAAUGCAUUGGAUUGAUGGCGGAAUAUCGAAACAUCACGUCGCAAUCUCGUCAUUGCCCGCCAUAUUUUGAUGGCCUGCUUUGCUGGCCGUACACCAAGCCUUCCGACAUUGCCAUUUUACCAUGUCCAUCCGAAACCGGCCCGUUAAACCAAUUAGAUCCCGCGACCAAUUCAGCUCUAAACUCGGAUACACCUGUUGCAACAAUGGCGACGAAAACUUGCCUUUCGAACGGCCAGUGGGGCUCAAAUUCCGAAAAUAUUCGCGAGAGCAAUUACAGCUUGUGCAAAUUGUCCGACGAGUUUAUCGAUCGACUUCUCGUGAAUUUAGGAUUCAGAAUAGUUUUGUUUCGAGAUUACAAAAACUUUGAAUCCUUGUUGAACAAAUGGUUACCUAUCGUCAGGAUCGUCUCUCAAAUUGGAUAUUCCACGUCCUUCGCUAUGUUGAUCACAGCAAUGAUCAUUUUCUCGUUGCUCAGAAAACUGAGAAAUCCAAGGAACAGAUUGCACAUGCACUUGUUCGCCUCGUUCAUAAUGAGAGCGUUCAUGACAUUGGUCAGAGAUUGGAUCUUCAUCGAUGAUAUCAGCCGAACUAUGGACAUCAUUUACGUUGAAAAUAUUGCUUUUAUCAAGCAACGAAACUUACAGAUGAUAAUCUGCAAGGUGGUCACAAGCGGAUGGCAAUACUUUAUCGUGGCUAAUUAUUCUUGGAUCCUGAUGGAGGGUGUCUACUUGCACAAUUUGAUCGUUUGGGCAUUCUGUGCGAAUAGCGAAGCGAUCAGUUUGUACGUUUUGAUGGGAUGGGGAUUACCUGUUUUCGUGGUUGUACCUUGGAUAAUAAUUCGCGCCAUUAUCGAGGAUACGUUUUGCUGGACUACUCACAACAAUCCUUCUCUAUUUCUGCUUAUAAGGAUUCCCAUUAUGAUAUCAAAUUUGUUCAACUUCCUACUGUUCCUCAACAUAGUACGUGUUCUGUUCAUUAAAUUCAAAACGUCAGUACAUCUGCAACGAAAAAAGAUGCAAUACAGUAAGUGGGCCAAAUCUACUCUGGUACUGGUACCGUUAUUUGGUGCUCACUACACGCUAUUGCUGGGCUUUUCGUAUCAUGCAGAUAAACGCGUGGAACUCGUUUGGCUCUUCUUCGAUCAAUUAUUCGUCUCUUUUCAAGGUUCUUUCGUUGCUUUGCUUUAUUGUUUGUUGAACGUCGAAGUCAGAACGGAAAUUAAACGAGCAUGGAGAACAAGAUGGUCGAGGAAUGCAAAUAUUUUCGUGUCCACGUGUCGAGAAUCAAGAAGGAGAAAAGCUAUUCGUCGGUACAGAAAAUCGAACGAUUACGAUCAUCUCACUAGUACAACUUUGAGAACUGUGUUGCAAUCUGAUAGAAGAUCGAAUGACUUUUGGCCAAAUGUUUUAGAAAUGGAGACAGGAUAG